AAGCCAAGUAUAGAUCUACAUGAAUGCACAAAUUAUGCUGUAAUGCAUUGCUCUUUCUUUUUUCCCUCCUUAAAAAUUAUAUUUCCCUCUCUAUCUAUUGAAAAUGAUCCCUAUUGCUACUGAUUAUUCGUGGUUGCUACAGUUUUCCUGUUAAAUACUAUAUAUGAUAUGAAACCCAGACAAUGUUUCCUGGUUCCUAUAACAUAAAAGGAGCUUCAAGUGGCAGUUGAACUCAGAAAAAUCAUCAGUGCAGAUAGCUACAUUAUAGUCACAAGCAACUCAUCAUCUUAAAUUCUUCAAGACUUGAAAAUGUCUUUCUUGUUUGGCUUUUAUUUCCUCCUUCUGUCAUUGGCAUCAAUCAGUUUAUCUUUGCCAAUAUAUCAUGACACAGUCCUCCAAGAAGCACCAAAGGAAGCACCAUCAGUAUCUCCAUAUGUUCUAUCUCUUUAUGAGUCCUUUGCUGCUGAAUCUGAACAACAAGAAGAAUAUCAGUAUAAUAUUCUUAGGUCAUUUGAGAGAAGUACACAAUUUAGAGGUUGCAAAGAUUCUAAGUACACCUUUACCUUUAACAUGUCCUCAAUACCUAAGGAAGAAGACAUCUCAAAGGCAAUAUUCAGAGUUUACGUAAAUAUUUCCACUUCUUUCUCUUCAUCACAAGGUAGUGCCCAAAUAACUCUUACCUCAAACGAUUCUAAGCUCUAUACAAAAGUCAUCACACCCAAUGAAUCGCAGUUUGUUGAUUUCCCAGUUCAGCAGCAUAUACAGGACUGGCUGAAGAACGGGCAGUUAAAGUACCUUGUUAACUUGGGUGUUACAAUUGAUUUAGCUAAUGGACCAUUGGAAUGCUACAACAAAGAUAUGAACAUUGUCUAUGACAACACACAUGAUAAUACUCAGCCUUCACUUGUUGUCUAUUCUUAUGAUGGCAAUGAGAACCUGGAUGAACUGAAUAAAGCUAUCAGCAUCAUCCAAAGUACAGAAAAGAAUGCCAAUCAAAGAAAUACACGCUCCUCUGGUACAUCAAAUGGAGAGUGCCGUAAAUCAGAACUUACGAUUACAAAGGAACAGUUAGGACAAGUAUUGGGUGAGCAAAUUCUAUUUCCUGACUUUUUCCCGUUAAAUGUCUGUGGAGGGUGGUGUCCGUCCAAUAAGUACAUGAAGCAACUCAACUCUAUCAUACUGUAUCACUUAUUAGCUACUCCUAGCGAAAAUGGUGAAAACCAUAUAGCCAACAAAUCCAAGUACUCAAAGUGUUGUGUGCCUACAAAAUACACAAAUGUUACUCGUGCAGUAAUUGGAAUCAAUGGAAGUAUCUAUAAGAAGGCCCCUAUCACAGCACAAGAGUGUAGUUGUGUCUAUACUUAUAGUCAGGAAAGCUGAGGAUCUGUGCUCUUUUGGACAAUAAAAUAAUUUCUAUCUCAUUCUUGUAGAGUAAUGUAUUAUGACGGCUUUAUUAUAAUUUGUAUACAUAUAUAGUUUUAUUCAAUUUCUA